UUAUCGUUUCCGGCUUUUUCGUAAUCGUGACUUGUGCAGCGUAUGGUGAAAUAUAGGGCCGCAGUUGUUUAAUCGUCGAUGAUGAUACGUAGUGGGCCGUGAUAUAGUUGGAAAACACAUUAACAAAUCGUCGGAAGAUAAUAGGGAAGCAACGUAUUGCAGGACUAGGUUGCUUGCAGUACAGAAUCAAAAUGGAGUCAAUGGAUGCGCGUCUUGUGGCGCAAGCAUUGAACUACCAUGGCCAACAGUUGCAGAAAGUGUGGGAAGGAGAACGCAACGAGAACGAGCUGGCCAUGCUCAAUCUCAAGGAACCAAACUUUGAAAUCUAUCAACAACGUCAAAAGACUCUGAGUUUUGGCGAUAGAGGAAAGAGGCUAAAGCUACAACAGUUCCUUGCAAAGAAAGCAGAUGCUCUUUACGAUAAAUCAAAUUUGGAGAAAACAGUUGAACCUAUCAAGCAAGAAUUGGGAGAUGAAGAAUUUUAUGCAACAAUGCCAGGCCUUGAUACUUUUGUCACUAUGGAGAAAUCUCAACGUAUUCGAAAUUUUUUGGAGAGUUUGGUCAUUGGAGAUGUUAUUUACGCGCAAGUGAUGGGUAAAAGUGCUGCUGGACUUCUUCUGAAGGUGCUUUGCAACUGCAGCGAUUGCCCCAGAGUUGUUACUGAUUUAGGAGUUAAGGCUCUAAUAUUGAACACGGCCACAGUGCCGGCGGUGGACAAGAAAGGUGUAACAAGAGGCUACAUGGCAAAUGAUCUCAUCUGCGUCGUAGUCAGUGAAGUUAACGUUGAAGCCGAGCGAGUUGUUGCAGUUAUGAACGUACCUGCCCGUGAAGGGCAAGCACCGCACCCACCUAUGGGACUUAUCCAUUCUGAUGAUCUUCCAGAAGCUUAUAAGAAAGCAAUGGACAACAAAGGACAGUCUUACGAAGCGAUGUUGGAGAAUAGUACUGGCUUCAACAACCCAAACAACAUUAAAUAUCUUUGCGACUUGAUGGGUCUCGGUCAAGAAAACCAUUCCAAUAUGGUUGGUUUGAGAGAAAGGUUCCCACCCAAUGAAUAUGCAUCCGAAUUAAGACAAGCACAGGCCAGUAAGUGGGCAUUCCGAAGCGUAGCCGAAGGUAUAGAUCAUUUCAAGGCUGGGCGUCAUACAGAAGCCUUCCAGUGUCUCAAUAAGGCACUUACCGUAGACCCACGAAACGUCGAAGGAUUAGUAGCACGUGGAGCAUUAUUCGCUAAUAGCGGUAGUUUCAAGAAAGCGAUCGAUGAUUUUGAAACAGCAUUGAAGCUGAAUCAAACUCAUACGAACGCUCGCAAAUACAUGGCCGAGACUCUCGUUGCUCUAGGCCGAAGUUACGAAGAUGAGAAGAAGUACGAAGAAGCUCAAAAGGCAUAUGAAAAUUGCUUGGCAAUUGCUCCAUUCCACGAAGAAGCGAGAAACUCUAUCGAAUACAUCAAGUCUAAGACAUUGACAUCUUCUUUGAAUCCUUUGGAUACAUUCAAGAGUUUCGAAACUGAAAAUGAUGUCGGGGAAAAUAAGAAAGAGAAGAAGAAACGCAAGAAGGAGAGAAAGUCACGCUCGAAGAAGAGACAGAGAUGGAGUUCGAGUUCCAGUUCGUCAUCGAGCGGUUCUUCGAGUUCCUCCAGCUCUGAGUCCAGCAGUUCUUCUUCAUCCGCAAGUUCGCGAUCAGCAUCUCGAUCACCUAGUCGCAAGCGGAAACAUAAGAAGGAUCAUCGCGGUUCACUUUCACCUCUCAGCAAACGGAUGGCUCAAUACAACAACCCACCAGCUGCUACCACAGCUGCACAUGACGUAAUCGCCCCCGUAUCUUACAGUUCAAAUACUCGAGAUAAGAUGGACGAUUACGAGAUAAAAGUACGAAAAUUCUUGGAACAGACGAAAGAUGAUUCCGAUUAUGAAGAUAAAGUAAGGAAAUUCCUGGAAGAAACAGCUAGAUGGAAGAGAGAAAGAGAGAAGGAAAAGAAACAUUCAGAAAGUGAAAAAAUGAAGAAAAAGAAGAAGAAAGAGAAGAAAGGAAAAGACAAAGAGAAAGAGGACAAGAAAAGCAGGAAGAAGAAAAAGAAAGAAGAAAGGAAGAAACGCAAAAACAAAGACAAGCUCGAACGAGAUUUAGAAGCCUUAAAAAAGUCUUCAUUGCCGGAUUUAGAACAAUUGGAAUCAAAACUGAAUGCGUAUUAUGCAAAAGUUGAAAAAGAGACUGCCGUCUUGAAAAGGUAUGUAGCUCAGUAUAAUGACAUAGCUUCCCCUCUUAGCAACGCGGAGAAGCUCGCUGAAAGUUCACGAAGGGAGGAAGAGCUGCGCAGAGAGAGAGAAAGGGAAAGAGAUGAGGCUUCAAAGGCGUAUCACGAACGGGAAGCUAGAAUACCAAUGACUGCACAGCAACGUAAAGAGAUUCAGAGAAAACCACUGACAGACAUUUUUGAACAAGAGUCGCAACUGAUUCAUCCUGAACCGAAAUUACCUACCCUCGACACUGCUGCAUUAAAUGCGAAAUGGAAAGCUGCACAAGCCGCUAGGCAAAAGGAUGUUCUUCCACAAAAGUGGCAAGAUGUACCGGUAGAGAACAAAAAGAUGCAAUCCAAUGUAGACAGUGACGAAGACGAUGAUAACGAGCUAGAGGAGAAACUGCAGCGAGCAGCAUUGGAAAAAUCCAUGAAUAUACGGAAGCAAAUGCAGCGUGAACUCGCAGAGAAGAGAGCAGCAGCUGCUCAGCCCAUGUCCGCACCAACUCCGCCGCCAUUACCCAAAGAACCUCCGAUCCCUAAGCAGGCGCCAGUCAAGUAUCCUACACCACAACCACAGAACAAAUUUCAGUCGUAUAAGGAUCCUUCUAUAUCCGCAACGCAAACAACACCGACAAAGUUUAGUUCUAAUAACAAUCUUGGUGGCAAAUUCCAGCCGAUUGGACAAAGUGGUAAUAGCGGUGCUGGUCAUCCACCAGAACCACCACGUCCGCCUCCACCAACGAAGAACCAGAAUCAGGCUAAGGGUCCCAGAACAGAUUCUGAUAGCGAGACCGAAAGGCAACACAGACAAACCCCUAAGAAACGCGAAUCUACUGGCAGGGGAGGAGCUGUAUCUAAACGAAUGAGUAGAGAUCGUCCAGCGAAACGGUCGCGCAGCAGAUCGCGCAGUGCCUCUAGUUCAGGCUCUUCGAGGUCUCGUUCACCCAGAAGAAGUCGUUCAAGAUCGUACUCGAAUCGAAGAUCUGGAAGUUACGAGAGAAAAUACAGUCGAUCUCCGUCGGGUACUUACAGUAGAUCACGCUCUAGAUCACGUUCCCGAUCUUAUACCAGGAGUCGUAGUCGCAGUAGAUCUGGAGACCGGAGUUACUAUCGCAAGAGACAAUUCCGACCAUACAAUAAUCGAGGCACUUACUAUAAGCCCCGUUUCCAGGGCUUCAAUAAUCCAAACCAUCGUGGCGGUGGUAACAAUUUCCAAAAUCGUAAUCGGUUCUAUAAUAAUCAACACAAUAAUCGUUUUGGCAAUAGACGUGGCGGUGGUUUCAAUAAUCGUGGUGGUGGACGCGGACGUGGUGGUAAUCGUGGCGGUAGAUUUUUCCACGGUAAGCAGGGCUUCCGCGACUUCCGAGAUAGGCGAGACUUCAGAGAUCGGCGUGCCGCUUCUCGCGAUAGAUACAGCGAUCGCAGCUAUUCACCCGAUCCGAUGAGAAAAGUGGACGAAGCAAAGGAAAAGAUCAACAAGAUGCUCGAGGGCGGAGAUGACGUGAUGGAGCAUCAGCAAGGUGGUGGAGGAUCGAAUGUUCCUCCUAGUAAAAGACAAGAUGGACCUUUAAGCGAGGGUGAAGAGAGGGACGACGAUGACUACGAGAGGUGGGGAGAGGGCGAGGGGGGCGACACAGCUAACAAGAAUGAGGUUGGACCUGUCGACGAUAACCUGGAAGGCAAGGAGUACUUCAUUGAGCGCAUGAAGCAGCGAAGCAAGAAUGUUUUAAUGCAGAGAACCCUUGCUGCUAAGGUUUGGUAGAAACCCCGUUGCCGUUGCUGCUUCU